CUGUCACUGAUUCAGAAUUCGCGCCAAAUGCAAGCAGUCGCGAGUCGUUUACGUCAUGUUUGACCGCCCCCCCAAGACUCCGCCUACAGCCUCACCUGUCCAAGCUUGGUUGGCAGAUUGGCGUUUUGCCAUACGCAAGAUGGCGCCCUCUCCUUCAAUUAGCGGCUGCGCGGACGCGGUGUUCGCCGGGAGGGAGGUCACUGUGUAGGCAGCCGGAGUCGCGGCCAGCUCCUCUUUGUCUUGUUGCUGCUCAGUCCGGGUCAGACGGACCGAGGGCGGAUAUUAUCGGGAUGGAUGUCUUCUUAAUGAUCCGCCGCCACAAAACCACGAUCUUCACCGAUGCCAAGGAGAGCACCACGGUGUACGAGCUGAAACGGAUCGUCGAGGGCAUCCUGAAGAGACCCCCAGAGGACCAGCGACUGUACAAGGACGACCAGCUCUUGGAUGACAGCAAGACUCUCGGGGACUGCGGCUUUACGAGUCAGACUGCGCGCCCACAGGCCCCGGCCACGGUGGGACUGGCCUUCCGCAGCGCAGGCGAAUCCUUCGAGCCCCUCCGGGUGGAUUCCUUCUCCAGCCCCCCGGAGCUCCCCGACGUUAUGAAGCCGCAGGAGACGAGUGGCAGCGGGAACGAGCAAGCUGUGCAGUGAGACCUGGGAGACCACCCGCCAUGUUACCCCCAUCCGCCAUGUUUCCCCCAUGUAACCCCGUCCCUGCCGGGGCCUGACGCAGCUCAGCACUUUGCAAUGUUUGUGGUGCCUCCAGCAAGCAACGGGGUUAACGGGGUCCAUAACUCGCACCCCAUUUAACUAUGUAGACCUCAAUGUAUGUGGUCCCCCCCCCGGCACGUGCCCCCCCCCUCAUACCCGAAGAAGGGACAACAUGAAGACGAGUGCAGAUUUCUCGCGGCCCUGCGGGGAACGAUGCCCUCUCACCCCUCGGCUCCUUCUUGCUUUUCCAGAUUAAUUGCCCCCUUUUUGUUUUUGUUGAGGGAAGAGUGUUUUUUGAGCGCUUUCUGUUCUGUUCGUUUUUAAACACAAUAAAUCUUGUUUUGCGUC